CAGAAGAGUUUCUUGGUGUUAGAAACCAGUGAACCUCAACUGCGCACGACUCAUGCUUACCUGAACCAAAUUAAAUAUGGUUACAACUAUUUUCCGGGUCCUAUGCUUUACGUCGUUCCAAAUCGCAAGCUUGAACGGCUCAAUACAACGAAAAUGAAGCCUGGAUGCUAUUUGACUAACAAUGCGGUGAUUAGUGACUCCGCAAGCAAUCUGUUCAAUGUCUGUUCGCCGGCUACGCUCAGACUUGGUUCAUGCCAUCUGAAUUUUUGAGCACUACCCUACGAGCCAUUGAUAACGCGAGUUUCCUGACCUAGGACUGUAUCCUCUCCGCACAGACAUCUACGAGGCUUGAGCCUCACUCACCGUCCAAUCCGCCUAGCAUAAUGGCUUGAUGAGUCGUUAAUCAAGACAGCUAUCCAAGGCCGGCUGUGUGACAAAAUGGCGCCAUUUCUUGUCGCGUUUCUUUCCUACGACAGACGCCCCAGUCUCGCUGCUCUAGACACUGCGGCUUGCUACAGCUUUUGCUGCAUCGCCAAUCGCCACGUGCAGUGGGCGCCAGCGUGUUUCAUUCAAACAGCUGCACCGGCAUGCCACAUAUCUCUACCGUGGGGGGUUCUAGUCCUUGAGACAACACGUCGUGGCGGUCAGGGCAGCUUAACUAAACCCUAAACUUUAGACUUUUCAGCCCUGUGCCCAUCUAUUGGAUCAAGUGGAACUAGACGUUCGCUCACCAAUAUCUCAAACAGAGCAUGGGGUGUUCAUUGCGACAUUGCUUGCCAUUGGACGUGGUGCCUAUCACUGUCAAUCCUGGUCAUAGUACCAAUCCAACGUUUCAAGAUGAUCAGAGAUGGAUCGCUCGUUUCGUCGAGACUGCAGCAUGAGUCGUAGCUAACUUAGAUAUCACAUUUCACCAGCGAUUAGUUGGUCGCGUUCUCGAGUACAUAACAACGUUGUUAUACUUAUUAAGUUAUGUAAUGGCAGG